AUGGACAUGAGCAUAAGUCAAAAUGGGAGCUUAAGAAACAUUUCUCUUUGUUAUGAACAUCAUCCUAACUCCUGUCAGAGGUUCAUCUAUCCGCUGGCUGUGCGAGUGAUCAUAUAUUUUGCCAUUGGUGUCAUUGUACUUCUUACAUUAUUUGGAAAUCUUCUGGUGAUCAUAGCCAUAACUCAUUUCAAGCAGCUGCACACACCAACUAACUACCUCACCCUGUCUCUGGCUGUAGCUGACCUGCUUGUAGGAGGGGUUGUGAUGCCUCCUAGCAUGAUACGCUCUGUGGAGACUUGCUGGUAUUUGGGGAGUUUAUUCUAUCGAUACUAUGCUGUAUGUCACCCCCUGCUGUACCACAGUAAGAUAACCCCUGCUGCUACUCUAGUCAUGAUCGUUGUUUGUUGGAGUUUUUCUGCUGCUCCAGCACUGGUAAUAAUGUUUCCACCUCUCAGUAAGGACGACAAGUCUUACCAGGACAACGUGGCCUGCAAAGGACUCUGUGUGAUCUCGCUAGCACCCAUGGCAAGCCUCACAGCUUCACUGUUCUAUUUUUACACACCUGCUAUAAUCAUGCUUUGUAUGUAUCUGAAGAUAUAUCUCGUUGCACAGAGACAAUCACGUUCAAUACACAAUGCACAACAAACGAAAACACGCAAGGAGAAUACAAGCAUCAGCAAGUCUGAGAGAAAAGCCACUAAGACAUUAGCAGUAGUCAUGGGAGUUUUCUUACUGUUUUAUGCACCAAUUUUUUUCUAUAGCAUUAUUAUUCCUGUCUCUGGUUAUAUCGGUCCCCCUCAAUUGUUUGAACUGCUGAGUUGGAUUGGUUAUUCAAAUUCAGCAUGUAAUCCUAUUGUAUAUGCAUUCUUUUACCAGUGGUUUAGAAGGGCACUCAAAGUUAUUGUCUUUGGUAAAAUAUUUAAGCAAAACUCUUCAAGAUUAAAGUUAUCAUCAGAAUAG